UGAUGGAAAGAAAAAGGGUUUGGGAUGGUAAAAAUUUGGCUUAGGGUGCCUUUGACUCUUGGAGCCUGAUUUCCCGAGACAGCAAAAGCAACUGGCAGAACCCAGGAAUUGUGGCCAGAAAUACAACAUGGAACAGCAGGAGCCCACAGGACCCGGGCCAGGGGAGAGCUUGGAAGCAGGAGGAGGAGCAGGAAGAGAACCUCACAUUGUCCAAAUCGGAGCCCUCCGGGAGCUUCCGGCUGAGGCAGCUCCACAAGGCGUUAAGCAAGAACCAAGUGAGGGGCGGCUAGAGCAGGGAUUUCUGGAGAUGACGCAUGGCCCUCAUGCACAAAGGAGAACUCCUCAGGUGCCUGAGCCCAUUUCGGAAGAGGACACGAAGGGAUUCCAGGCCUCCGACAAGGGAAAAGCUAAUGCCGGCCAAGAACCUGGAGGAGGGUGUGAGGCCUGUCACAGCGUGGAUUCCUCCAUAGGAGUGAAGGAAGAGGUUCUGGAUGAGGAGGAUGCUGUCAGCUUGGAAAUCCAGCCCCAGGCCUUCAAGGAAUCCUGUAGCCAAGAGGCUGAGGAAACCCAAGAGGUAUCAGGAGCCCUCAGAAAUGUGGCAGUCAAUCACCCCAAGUCAAAUCAGGAUUCCUCCGACACGGGAAAAGGCCAGCUUCCUCUGGAGGUCAAGGAGGAGGGUCCUGAAGUGGCCAAUGUGUUGGGAGGCAGAGACCAAACAUGGAGGAUUGCAAAGGAGCCUUUUCUACUGGAAAGACGACAUGAGCAAAUGGACGUCGGUGAAAUAUCCUUGGAAAGAGCCAAAGGAGUGUUUUUCUGCCGUCCUGUGCUGGAAGAGAUGCCUAAAAGUCAAGGAGGACCUGAAAUUCAGCAGGAAAACCAUCAGAGGAUGAGUCCGGAACACACCUUACUUUGUGAGGAAGGCAACAAUAGUCCACGUAAGGGAACCUUCCAAGAAAGACUCUUGAGGCACAAGGCAGCACAAGUGGGUUUGGAGUGUGGGAAAAACUUCUGUCAGGGCUUUGGCCUUCCUAAGAAUCAGAAGAUGCAAAAGGGGGGGAAGCUGCAUACGUGUACAUACUGUGGGAAAAUUGCCAACAGGAGGGCAGAUUUGAUUGUACAUGAGAGAACCCAUACCGGAGAGAAACCGUAUGAAUGCUCUGAGUGUGGGAAAAGCUUCAACACCACCUCUUACCUUACGAAACACAAAAGAAUACACACAGGAGAGAAACCCUAUAAAUGUUUGGAGUGCGGACAAAGCUUUUGCCAGAAAGGGAACCUUGUUUCACAUGUGAGAAUCCACACCGGGGAAAAACCUUAUCAGUGUGAAGAAUGUGGACAAAGCUUCAGCCAAAGGAAAAUCCUCGAUAAACACCAGAGGAUCCACACGGGAGAGAAGCCAUAUAAGUGUUUGGAAUGUGGGCAAAGCUUUAGUCAAACGUCGCAUCUUCUAACGCACAAGAGGACCCACACAGGAGAAAAACCUCAUAAAUGUUCAGACUGUGAGAAAAGCUUUAACCAGAAAGGAGACCUUGUUAUACACAAGAGAAAGCAUACUGGGCAAAAACCAUAUGAAUGCUCUGAGUGUGGAAAAAGCUUUAGCACUAGCUAUCAAUUCUUAAACCAUAAAAGGUUACACACAGGGGAGAAACCUUAUACCUGCUCAGACUGUGGGCAAAGCUUUAAUUGGAAGUCAAACCUUAUUACACACCGGAGAAUACAUACUGGGGAGAAACCUUAUGAAUGUUCCAUCUGUAGGAAAAGUUUUAGUGAUAAAUCUUCCCUUACUAAACACCUGCGAACACACACAGGAGAAAAACCAUACAAAUGCUCAGAUUGUGGGCAAAGCUUCAAUUUGAAAUCAAACCUUAUUACACACCAGAGAACACAUACUGGUGAGAAACCGUACUCAUGCCCUGAGUGUGGCAAAAGCUUGAGUCAUAGAUCCUCCCUUACUAAGCACAUGAGAACCCAUACAGGAGAAAAACCUUAUGAAUGCUAUGAAUGUGGGAAAAGCUUUAUUUCUAGCUCGGACUGUAGAAAACAUGAAAGAGUACACACACGAGAGAAACCAUAUAAACGUGGAAGGAAAUGUCCCCUAAUCCCUCUGUUCUCGUAAACAGAAAACCCACAUGUGACUGCAAGUUUAAAGAUGUUCAUGUAGAAAAGAGUUUGGUGUGAAAACUGUAUAAAAGUUUGAACUGUGUGAAUAGAUUUAGCUGGAGCUCAACUGAUACCAAAUCUCUCUAUAUAAAACAGGAAUGAAACGUAA